CGCUCUUCGCUUCCUGCCUGGCGGAGGGAGGGGUUGGUGCUGACGGCUGGGAGGACGAGCUGAACGUUAAGAAAGCCUUGGAAAGCGAUAAAAAGAGAGAGUAAAGGGCCCGAGGUGUCACCUUCCAUAGAUAUAACUUAUCGCUCGACUCUGAUUAGCACCCGAAGCACGAGCAAUGUCGUCCAGCCGUCAGUUUAGUGAAAGCAGGUCCAUCCCGACCAGGACGGUGCUGAUCAACGACUCAACGCAGCUACCUCACGACUAUUGCACCACACCAGGGGGCACUUUAUUCUCAACCACCCCGGGAGGUACCCGAAUCAUCUACGAUCGUAAAUUCCUGUUAGACCGGCGUAACUCACCCAUUGCCCAGACCCCACCAGCACACCUGCCGGUUAUCCCAGGAGUGACGAGCAAAAACAUCCUGAAUGAAAACAAGAAGACUGAAGCUAAAAACAUCAAAAAUCAUGAUGCCAAACCAGGGCAAGGUGACGAUGCUCAGUUUGAGAUGGACAUCUAAAGAAGAGAAACCAACAUGAAGAAUGAUUAUUUACCUGGUACCUGUGUGCCAGUGGCUUGGCUUGUAGAAACCAAUGUUGUGAGCCCUCUCCUUUAGCUCUCUCUAGCUGCGGGGUGCUGUAUAAUCAUGCGGAUAAAUGACUAAUGUUUGCCCAGUGGGGCUUCUGGAGCCCUGAAAGUUAACCUAUGAGCCUGCUCUGUUUAAGUUUCAGGGUUACCCUCAGCUGUACUUGCUUAUGUCACAGAGCAAGAAAAAAAUACUGUAUUUUUAGUGCCCGGUCUUACCAAUUUACUGUAAUACAAUCAUAAACAAAUCCGCCAUCAGAGAUUUGCUGCUGAAUCUCUGAUGCACUGCUGAUAGUUGUUUUCAAAGUACACUGUUACAGUGGAUACCUUUUAAAGGCACUUACUGCAGUCUACUUUGUUCACAAGUAAACUCACAGUCAAGUCGAAAAAAGCUAUCAAUAUGUACAUGCUCUCCCAAAUUUAAUAUUUGUUAUCUUUCCCUUUUCAAAGUGGUCCUUUGAUUUUUCUUUUAAAGGGAUAGUUCACCCAAAAAUGAACAUUUUGUCAUCAUUCACUCACCCUCUUGUUACAAACCAGUAUAAAUGUCUUUGUUCUGCUAAACACAAAGGGAGAUAUUUGUAAGAAUGUCAGUGACCAAACAGAUCUCAUUCCCCAUUUACUGCCAUAGUAGGGAAAAUAAUUACUAUGGGAGUCAAUGGGGUAUGAGAUCUGUUUGGUUACUGACAUUCUUACUAAUAUCUUUCCUUGUGUCUAGCAGAACAGAAAAAUUUACACAGGUUUGGAACAACCUAAGGGUGAGUAAAUGAUGACAGAAUUUUCAUUUUUGGGUGAACUGUCCCUUUAAUGCUAAUAAGGAACAGCAGGAUUAUCAUCAUAGUUUUUGAUUAAAGUUGAAAUCAGUUCCAUAUUCAUUCCAAGUUUUGUAUCAUUUACACAUCUGUAUACUUUUUACUUUAUUUUGGGAUUUCAAGGUUUUCAGGUAUUUGUUAAGUUCAUAAGAACAAGUUCAUAGUUGUCGUACCACAGACCAUAAACAAUCAUUUGAAUCAUGAUGCCAAACAAAUACACAUACUUUUUAGGUUUAUGCAGAACUUCCCUUAUAAUGACUAUUUCAGUCAACUGAAAUAUCAACUUUAAACUUGAAAUAUCUUUCAUCCUUUCUUACAUUAAAGGUUAGGGUUGAAAACAUUGUGUAACAACUUGAACGUUGAGACUGUUACUUUUGGUCAGAGAACGGUUGCGAAGUUCAGACUGGUAACAGUACGGUUUAUUUCUAGCUUGCGUUGCGAGUUAGUUCAGGUAAUACUUGAAGCAUCAACAUCAGCUUUGUAGUCACUGUAUGUGAUAAACACUUCUGGUCAAAGGUAGACAAUACCCAGUGCUGUUGGACUGGAUAAGGAUUUCACAUAGUUAAGAAAACAUUACAACUAAUAGAGCUGGUCUCAGGAAGUACUUGUGCUUUUUACCUCUCAAGUACACAUCUUACUGCCCCUUUCAUGGGAGUAAUAACAGUGAAUAUUUAACAUUAAUAUCAGCUGUGACAUCUGCUGUCACUUGACAAUUACUACAAUUCUUACAAACCUUGAUAAUCAAAACAAAGGUAGAAGAGCACUGAAGUAAUGUUUGGUCAUUUUGUCUAUUUCACAACUACAGAAUGUGAAAGUUCAAAAGAUGGAUAGUUUUAUAGUGACCAGACAUUCAUAUUUUGAUUCACAUCAACAAAUCUUGAAAACUUGAAUUGAAUCUGAUGCUCUUCUAUGCAUGUUGUUUUGAUCUGCUCUUUAUUUCACAUGUCAGUAUCCUUCGAACAUUACGGAGUUCACUUAUUUUUCGGGAUGCCAAAUCUUGUGGAAGAAGCUUUGAUUAAUAUUGAAAGAUAAUUAAACAAAGAGAUUAUUCAAACAAAGUGGCUUAAAAGAGGAUACAACUUAUUCUCAUGACUUUCUGUGUUUUAGUUAUUCUUUGGAGCAGAGAAAGAUUGACUUUCUCUCAAAACAAUCUCUUGUGCUUCGCCUCUGUAUCCAUGCCUUACUUUACUAAGCUGAGCAGCUAUGUCAAAUGCAGUUCCCUUGCAUACCUUAAAACGGGAAUAAUUCCAUUCCAUUUGAUUUCUUUUUAUUCUUCCCUGUUAAGUUGAGAAUAAGAUCAAGAUAAGUUUUACUAGAAAACAUUUAUAUUUUUGGAAACAUGUUUAAUAUCUUUUACUUUCUUACAGAGAUGGAAAGAUUUGGACUUACAUCAAUGUAAUGUUUGUAAUACAAGUAAUGGGUUGGUUGAAUUAAAAAAUGGUUAGGUUUCACUUUGAUUGGUUGCAUUUAAACUUUCUAUUAAAUAUUUCAUACUGGUGAAUUGAAUUUAAAUCCUUAAUAUACCACUCUAAACCCUUUCAGCUUUUGGUAAGUUGCAUUUAAGUAAUAAAGAUUUAAAGUGAAUUUAUAUUUACUGCCCUUCUGUAAUAGAUUUGAGUUGUCAAAUCCCCACUCUGAAAUAUGAACGUUUAGAUUUUAAAAAAUAUCACCGCUUACCUUUGCUUUAUACAUUCCCUGAGUCUUUGUAAGUAUCAGAAAUGCAUUUAGCUCUAUAAAAGGGGAUUUUUGGAUGGGGGUGUUUUAAUGUGGCAGAAAUGUAAAAGUAUAUUUUCUUUCUCUGAGACCCUGUUCUGUUUAAUUUGAAUAAAAUGCCAAUGCCAGUGUACACUGUUACAGCAAGAUCAAUAAAAAAUUAAUUGA